UCUCUGUGCAUGCGUACUCCCGGCGCAGGGUUUGCAGUGUACUUGCUCGAGAGUUGCAGAGUCAUGUUGGUGCAGAAAUACCUUCCCACCACCACCACCACCAUCACGGUCGGACGAGCCGUGCGUAAAAACUCUCCGAAGUGGUGACUGGUGAUCUGGUGUUUGUGGAGUUUUAUUUUGUUAACCAGCUGCCGUGGAGAAUAAGCAUCACAACAGACGGGGUUAGAGAAGUCCCUAUGAGGAUACAUCUGAUUGUGCAGUUACACACAUUUGCCCACCACUUCCUCUUCUCCCGUGGAACACUAAAUUGCAGAGGUCUUUCUGAAAUGUCAGAAUGGGUAACUUUCAAAACCCCGAAACCUAUGAAAUCUGCAAUUUCAUGAUCAUGGUUUGACUCGUGAUUUGGGAACUGUCUGAUCUUGGUUCAAAGCCUGUCAGUCAUGUUGGAGCCUGGAUCUGUGGAUGAGGGACCAGUCUGCAAGUUUGUUUGCCCACCGUAUUUGUGGAGAGAAACAUAUGAGUUGAACGUAUUUGACGUAGCAACUGGCCUUUUUUCUGGACUGCUCACUCUGCCUGCUGACUGUGACUGGGAUCACCAAAGGACCAUUACAAUGUUCACACCCCUAAACUCUUGGGAAAUGUCUUCUUACUGAAUACAUUUUUGUGUUAAAUUUAAAGCAAAAUGGAGGAACUAAGGACAUCUGCUUACUGGAGCCUUUACAUUGAUGAAUUAAAAACCAAAGGAAUUCCCUCUGAUGAAAGUCUGACCCCAAUGGGAUAAGAACUUAACAUUUAAGCUAUAGUAGACUGUAAGACUGAACAGGUAAUUACACAAAGAAAUCUGGAGUACUCUCUCCCAGAAUGCAUUGCCCUAUGAGAAAGAAACGCCCAACACGCGACUCUGAUUUCUCUGCUAUCGCGGUCCCCUCCAUGCAGGGGUCCGGGUAUCUUGACUACACGGUUGAGACCCACGCUUCCAAAUCCCUCAAAGCCAUGGAGGAAUUCAGACGGCACGAGAUGUUGUGUGACCUGGUGUUACACGUCACACACAAGGACAGGAUAGUGGACUUCAAGGUGCACAAGGUGGUACUGGCCUCCUGUAGCCCCUACUUCAGGGCCAUGUUCACCAGCAGCUUCAAGGAGUGUCGCGCCCAGGAGGUAACCCUGUGCGAUGUCUGCCCCCAGGUGGUGGAAAAACUUAUAGACUUUGCCUACACCUCCCACAUCACAGUGGGAGAGAAGUGUGUGUUGCAUCUUCUCUUGGCUGCUAUGAGGUUUCAAAUGGAGGACGUGGCCAAGGCAUGCUGCGAUUUCCUCACUAAGCACCUGGAGCCUGCUAAUGUCAUCGGCAUCGCCCGCUUUGCUGAGGAGAUCGGCUGCACAGAGCUGCACCAGCGGAGUAGAGAGUUUAUCAAUACACACUUCAAUGAGGUGACUAAGGAAGAUGAGUUCUUCAGCCUCUCUCACUGCCAGCUGCUGGAGCUCAUCAGUCAGGACAGUAUCAAGGUGCUCUGUGAGUCUGAGGUGUACAAGGCCUGCACAGACUGGGUCCGCUGGGAUAUGGAGGGUAGAGCCCAGUACCUUCAUGCCCUCCUGAAUGCGGUUCAUAUCUACGCCCUGCCUCCUAAGUUCCUAAAGAACCAGCUCCUGUCCUGCCCCAUCCUCAGUAAGGCCAAUUCCUGUAAGGACUUCCUGUCUAAAAUAUUCCAAGAUAUGACACUGCGAAAGCUGCCUCCUGCACCUAACCGUGGAACUCAACUCAUCUAUGUGGCUGGAGGAUACCACCAGCAUUCACUAGCGACCAUGGAGGCUUAUGAUCCCAGGAGGAAUGUCUGGCUAAAACUGGCUGACAUGGGGUCUCCAUGCAGUGGUCUGGGAGCCUGUGCGCUGUUUGGGCUCCUCUACACUGUUGGAGGCAGGAACCUGUCCCUUCAAAACAACACAGAGUCCAGCGCCCUGUGCUGCUACAACCCAAUGACCAACCAGUGGAGCCAGCGAGCCUCCCUCAACAUCCCCAGGAACAGGGUCGGGGUGGGCGUCGUGGACGGUUGCAUCUACGCCAUCGGCGGCUCCCAGGGCUCCACGCACCACAACACGGUGGAGAGGUGGGAUCCAGAGUCUAAUCGCUGGUCCUUUGUUUGCCCGAUGUCGGUGUCUCGUCUGGGUGCCGGAGUAGCAGCAUGUGGGGGGGCUCUGUAUGUGGUGGGGGGCUAUGACGGGCAGAACCGCUGGAACACUGCUGAGAAAUACCAGCCUGACACUAACACCUGGCAGCAGCUGGCACCCAUGAACACUAUACGCAGUGGACUGGGAUUGGUGUGUGUGAACUCGUACCUGUACGCAAUAGGAGGGUAUGAUGGGCGGAGCCAGCUGUGUUCUGUGGAGCGUUACAAUAUAGCCAGGAACCUGUGGGAGCCCAGGGCCUCCAUGCAUUUCUGUCGCAGUGCACAUGGAGUCACUGUUCAUCAGGGACGCAUCUUUGUCCUUGGAGGUUUUAACCAGCAAGGCUUCCUGUCCAGCAUUGAGUGUUACUGUCCAGAAAGAAAUGAAUGGACGCGCAUCACCGACAUGCCCGUUGGACGCAGCGGCAUGGGCGUCGCUGUUACCAUGGAGCCGUGUCCCGGCAGCCUGCCGGAACAAGGGGAUGAUGAGGACGGAGACGAAUAGGAUGGGGAUGAAAUCUGUCCAAGUCUCAAGUGUUGAAUACGGUUGCGAGUGGUGCUUCUUUUCAAGAGAGGGUGAAGUGCAUUAAAUAAGAAAAACAUUCCAGUAUGAACUCGUAUAUGUCCUCGCCCCUAAUGGAUCUUGUUUGUGUCGCAUCUUGGAGUGCUGAAGGUAUUAUUUGUAUGGAAACACUGAAGAUGAAGAAUUUCUAUAUGAGCAAGUGAUACAGAAAACUGGUAGCAUGACAGUGACCUCACAAUGAACAAGGUGCUACAGAUGUAAUCUCAAACGAUGAUACUAUUUAAUUAAUUUAGUUAUUCCACCGCUGUUUUUAAUCUCUCAGUGUUCAAUUGUAUUUGUACAUUUUGCAAAAGUUUGAAUGGUCUUAAGUGACCUGAUUACUAAUUCCUGUCUCUGUGUUGUAUCUCUACCUCUGACUCUGUUUAAAUGAGCACUUUUCUUAUGCGUCGUCUUUAUUUUGUGCCAAAUAGUUUCACCCAAAACUGCCAUUUUUGGAAUGUUUUUUUUUUUUGCAUUUACUUUGUUGUGUUUCUGAAAAUAAAGCUAAUCAAGUGUGUGAA